AUGGAGGAGAUGUUCCAGAACCCCCAGCUUCGGCAAAUAUUAGAUUUGAAACUCAGGCUGCAGGGAUUCCAGGCGACGGACCAAGCGAAGAAUGUUGCGCUGGAAAUGCUGAAUCGAGCCCGCAACCGUCCUCAGUUUAGUAACGCUGGUGAAAUUGACAUCAUUCUUGAUGCCACCAAGAUCAGACAUCAGGCAAGAGUGUCGAGCGAGAAUGGCAGACAUGGUAUACUCGAGGCCAAUGACUUUGAUCUGGAUUUUGAUCGGGCAGAGCGCUCUGACACAAACGUCCGAAUGCUCUUUAAGGGGACCGUCGGCUCAGACGACACGGUAACCCUACUUGAAGGAACCGGCAAGACAACCACGGCGAGAAAGAUAGGCAAAGUCUUCUACGACAUGGGCUUUUUGGCAGAGGCCACGGUUAAGGAAUGCUCCGCAUCCGACCUCAUAGCACCCUAUGUCGAUGGCGGUUACGGCAAAGAGGCAAUGGACGAGCUAGUGGAUUCUGUGACCAAAGAGAGAUACUACAAGAAGCUCAUUAUCAUUCUCGCCGGCUACGAGAAGGAUAUCAACAACCUCAUGACCAUGAACGAGGGAUUGACGUCGCGGUUUCCCACGGUCAUAGAAUUUCGGGCAUUGAAGCCUACAGAAUGCAUUGCGCUUCUGAGCGUAGAUCUAAGUCUUGAAAUAUUCGAAGCUCCUACAAUGCAGUUUGCUCAUGGUGUCGAGGAACUGUUCUCCAAACUUGCUGAUCAGGCAAGUUGGGCAAGCGCCAGAGAUGUUCAGCUCGUUGCGAAGGGAAUCCAGUUCCACGCAAGCACCGGUGGAUCAUCAAAGAGGCCAAUCGCUCAAGUUCUCUUUAGGCAUGCAAAGGCCGCCGCCGUCAUAAGUGGCAUCACGGCUUGUUGUCAAUCACGAAAUCAAUCCCUUACACCGGAGGAGGAGGUUGGUCAAGACGUUAUGGAGAUGCCAUAG